UUUUAUCGUUAUCUCGAUUGGUGAUCGCUUACGUUUAUUUCAUCAAAAAUGGACUUCAAUGGAUAGAUCAGACUCUCUAACUCAGUUUGUGACGUUUAUACGUAAUUCAAAGCGUUAGAUUAAGCAUAUCCGCAUAUCUUUAAGCAUAUCUUUCGAGAUUAUUAAAAAGAGACAAGGACAAGGAGACAAAACAGCAUUUUCGUUAAUCAUUUUAUGUCACGACGUCAAUCUAUUUGUAGAAAUCUCACCCCUCGUCGCGAGCACGACAAACGCGCGAUUAUUCACAAGAGCUUUUGUUCUGCGAUAAAAAAAGUGGCGGCGACAACCGGCAGUCAGCAAUAGAAUUGCGGUACUUCUGGAAAUCUAAAUGACUCGAAAUUGCGAGCUCGCUGCCGUGUACUCGCGGACACGCGAUUCGACGAUACACCGUUUCAAGGUGGCUCACUCGCAGGCUAGAUACAGCUACGGUGCCCCAUGGACUAAGGCAACGUCUCUGGAAGAAACGUGCGAGUAGAUUACGCAGAUUGUCUCGGAAAGUUUCGCGGAAGAUUCGGUGAAGUAAUGUGCGCGGUAACGAUAUAAAGGAAAAUGUGAUACAGUCGGUGAUUGUGCGGUAGCGUUGACGCAGAGAAAAAGAGAGAGAAACAAUCUGUAUAAUAGAAACCGUGACAGGAACAAAGAGAAGAAGAGAAGGAAAGAAGUAGAGAUAAAGAGAGAAAGAGGAAUAUUACAUAGAGAAGUGAAAUACAAGGAAAAAAAAAAGUCUCGCGAUCGAUCGCAUCCGAUCAGGUUAAAACGUCUCUCCCGGUCGAUCGUUUUCUCCGUGGAAGCGUCCACGAUUACUCUCGCCGCUUCGAGGGAGGAUUGUUCGACGAGCUCUCAAAAUAGGCGAAGGUACCGUCUCCCUGCGAAAAGGAGAAAAGGCGAAUCGGAAGGAAGAAAAGUGUAGAUAUCCCGAAGGUCCAUCGCGCGCUGUUUAUUCUGGGAAUCGAGCCGAGCGCCCGGGCGCCUCGAUACUCCGUGCGUUUGCUUUUGAAGACGAAAGAAGGAUUCUGCAAGGAUCAGAAGGAACCGAAGGAAAACAACGUGCGCGACGAUACAGGAAAAGAGAAAUGUACCGAGAGCCGAGUAGUUCGUCGGGCAGCGGUGCCUCCACUAAGGGCGACGAAGUCGAGCUUGUCAGUAGAUUCCUGGCGCCGCUCUGUGCCAGAGACGAAACGGCGAGGAAUAUCGCCCUGGCCGCAGCCAGGACCACCGUCGAAGGAUGGCUGGGCGGCGUCGGCAGUCCAAAUCGCUGGGAAGACGCCGGCGACAUCGAGGACACCAAGAGCGCGGCCGGGAAGUUCUCCAGCCAGGACGGAAGAUACGACAUGAGCGUCGAACGAUCACCGACGAGAUCGUCACCAAGGAGCGUGCACCAGCAGCAGCUGUUGCACGACACGUUUCGGACGGAGGGCUUCUUUCCGCAGAGCAUCAAUGACAACCCGCCUCCGUUCCUUGAAGAGAACAACCCAGAAUGCUCGUUCGAUUGUGUGGAUGGUCGUCUUUUGAAUGAGAGGCGAUUCCGCGAGCGAUACGCCACCGGCGACGGCGUCGAGAGCUGCAGGUCCGGUCACUCGACGUCUUCGGAUGAGGGUAGUAAGAGUUUUAAUAUCGAGGGUAGAUGCCCGCGCUUUGGCUCGAACAGCGAAACAUCCGAGAGGAAACAUCCUGGCUCGUCGUCGAGUGACAGAUCGACAAGCGACGACUACUGUCCUGGCAGGGCGAAGAAUAAUUAUGUGAAAGUGAAGGGCGCCAAGCAGAAGCAGCUGGAGGACGAUGAGCUAGACGCGGAUACCCGGGUGUAUGGCAAGAGUCCGAAGUUCGAUGAUAACCUGAGCGGCCUCGCGUCAUUCGACUGUCGGAAUCUCAGUCGUCGAGCCAAGAUCGCCGCCGGCGGUGACCUGCUAACGCACGAACAGCGUCGUUACUACGACGGCGGCACCGACGACGACGUCUCCUUCAACGAGAGCGAAGCUGCGGCGCGCAGCGACGGGGUCGUCUUUAAUACCCUUGACGGCUUCGAGAAUGAGAACGAGCUUUCCUAUCAUCAGGACAUGAACCUGGAAAACCACGAGGCAACGGUCUACGAUGAUAUACCGGAGGAUUCUCGCCGACCGCAGCAGGACUACUUGCGCAAAAAUGAUGAGAGGAAGUUCAGCGCCGGCCAAAUCAAGAGGCCUCUCUCGCAGGACGAGGACGUGUCCUCAAAGAGUGGCCGGGUACUUGAGAGUCCAGAAGUGACACCCGGCGAUGUCGGCAGGAUGUUGAAUCUUGGUAAUGCUUUGGACGGACCCAGGCAGGCGCAAGCUAACAAGUAUCUCAGUCUAGUGACGUUGCAUUUGCCAGUAAUACUCAGGCUCAGCGUUAACUGUCCCUUCCAGAACGUCAGGAUCAAGUGCGCGGAGAUCCUCCAGAUGGUCAAGGACAGAGGACUUCCAGUACCAGUACCGGCUUUUGAUGGACCUAGUGCCUUCGUCCCUCUCUCAGAGCUGCCGGAUCUGAACAAUCUCGACGAAAAGACGCAUAUGUUGUUGAUGGAUGCUUUCCUACAGAACAACAGGCUGGAUCAUGUUUCAAGAGUAAUGUCCUCGCAUCCAUCGUAUCUCGAACAUUUCCUUCGAACUCAGCAUUUCAUCCUACGGGGUGACGGACCACUUCCUUACGACUACAGACAUCUCAUUGCCAUUAUGGCUGCGGGUAGGCACCAAUGUAGCUACCUUAUAAACCUGCAGAAGGGAGAAUUCCUUCUUCAGGGCGGUGACCCUUCGUGGCUCCAAGGCUUGAGAUCGAUUCCGGGGAAGCUGCAAGAUCUCUAUGAGAUCAACAAGAUCUUAGCCCAUAGACCGUGGCUCCUGAAUAAGUCGCACAUAGAGAAAUUGACUAAAGGCGAUGAUAAUUGGUCCUUAGCCGAGGUCGUCCAUGCGAUAGUUCUAUUAGCUCACUUCCACUCGUUAUCGUCUUUCGUAUUUUCUUGCGGAAUUAACGAGGAAUUGGAUAACGUAACUGGCCAUCACUACAAGGAGAACAUCCAGGACAAUAGUAAUAACGUACCGCCUGCCAAAGAAAAGCUCUCAAGCAGUCCUAAAAAGAUCCCCAACGGAGACGGCAAGACUGAAAAUAUUCCGUCGCCGCCGUCAUCGCCGAGCAUAGUCGGCGAACAGGAGGUUGGAGUGGAAACUUUGAUGGAACGUAUGAAGCGCCUCUCUGAAAAGUCCGAGUCUUAUCAGAUCACGCAGGAAGAGCUCUCCAAGAGAUUCGAGACUGUCGAGACGCAGUCGGCCGAGCUGGCAGCAGCGCCGCAGAGGAGCAGCUCGGUUCUCGACUCCGAUAUCGGUCUAUUCAUCGAGGAUCCCACUUUCAUCUACCAGGAUUUCGCCAAGCGCGGUCAACUGAACGACAUACCAACCUUCCGCGUCCAGGACUACUCCUGGGACGAUCACGGUUACUCCUUGGUGAAUCGUUUGUACAAUGACGUCGGUAAUCUCCUCGACGACAAAUUCAAGACCGCAUACAAUCUGACGUACUAUACCAUGGGCACGCACAACAAGGUCGAUACGUCACGCUUUAGACGGGCGAUCUGGAACUAUAUACAGUGCAUGUUUGGCAUCAGGCACGACGAUUAUGAUUAUAACGAGGUGAAUCAAUUGCUCGAGCGUAGCCUCAAAACUUUCAUCAAAAGCGCCGUUUGUUAUCCGGAGCGUGUUACCAAGAGGGAUUACGAUCGCGUCAUGAGGGAGUUCAAACAUAGUGAAAAGGUCCACGUAAAUCUAAUGAUUCUAGAGGCUCGCAUGCAAGCAGAAUUGCUGUAUGCCCUUCGUGCCGUGAUGCGGUAUAUGACCUAAAGCAAAGUUCCGCGUCGCUCCCUCGUUUGUCUGCUGUCUGUCAGUCUGCAGUUUGUCGAUUUGUUUUCUUGCGCCACGUUCCAUGCCAUAGAUUUGUGGACUUCGUACGCACGGCAUGGAAGGAACAAGCGAGCAUGAUAUCAUCGAGUCUCGUAUAGAACAUCACAUACACAUGCAUACGCUAUCGUAAGGGGCCGCUUCAUCGUCGACUCGUGAAUCGCGGCGAUAGCGAGCAAUCGCGGUUCUUGAGCGAAAGGUUGAGAAAGAUAAUAACGAUAGAAUAAGAGGAAGAAAAGGAAGAUGCUGACUGAGAAGAAAACAGAGGGAUGUAAUAUUUGGCCAUUCAGCUGUGCUCUUGGCGCGAGUCUUUGUCCGAUGGCGCCUCAAUGACGAAAUUAACGCAUCUUUGUUCCUCGCGCGACUCACGAACACGUCGAUCGCACGUUCCAGUUUCGUUUAUUCGCGUAAUAAAGUUCAUGGCGAAUAGAAUCGAGAGAGAGAGAGAGGGAGUGCUUUUCCGUACGUGUUUGGGAGAAGAUCGUGAGGAGAUGAUUAUAAAAACAGAAGAGGAUAUUGUGCAAAUAGGCAGAAAGACGGGGAUGACAAGGAGAGGAAAGAUUUAUUAUUUGUUUUGUACAUAGACACUUGUAUUUUUCUACGUUCGACAUUGUAGCAGACUGUUAUUUGUGCGUUUCGUUUACGUUUCAGAUCUGUUAAAAAAAAAAUUUGCUCUCGCCUGUUAGAAGCUUUCGAGUCGCGUUUUUAACUUCACAUAAUCACAUAUAUACACACAUACAUACUCCUUAUUACAUUUGUAUUUUCUUAGCGCGAUUCAUCGAAGAAUGCAUCACCGCGAUGCAUAUUCAUAUAUUGAGCAAAAAUUCGUAAUUCCGUUCGAAUAUUUUGUUUCUUUUUUUGUGCCGUAUGGCUUGUCGAGAAGUGGAAAACUAAAUGUAAGGUUAAAUUAAGAAAUCUAUUAACUUUAAUUUCAUCGAUCUUAUCCGGACUUUUGGAUCCGUGACUCGACAAUUUCCGAAUUCUCGUUAUUGUGGUGCGUGCACUGCCUCGGAUAAUCGGAACAUCGAAUUCUCGCGUACAAUGUUGAUGUGUGUUGUCGCGAAUGGACCGAGAAGGAUUGCUUUCGCGCUCUACACACACACACACAACACACACACACACACACACACCACAUAUAUAUAUAUGUAUGUAACGCGUUUUAUCUUCGUUUCAUUUCAACGACCCUGUUCUGUAAAACGUGAAAGCUAACAUAAAAUUGUACCUACUUAUCAUUUAUUGCGUUAUACGCGUGUGUCGAGCAAACCUUAGACUGUAGGACGAUCCACAGCCGCGUGCAUGCACGUGCAAUACAUUACGAGCACAUUAUGGCGCAUGCACACGACCGCGGAGAGAAGCAAUGCCUAUCGGCUGUGUUUAUUUACCGAGGGAUAACGCGCUGCUGUCGUUUAGCCGAACGCGAGAAGCGUCGCAAACUCGCUUUAACCCAUGUACCAUCUAAGUUCAGACUGCUUUUCCACCUUUAGAUUAGCAAUGGAAAUAUUGAAGUCGACUCAAAAUGGAAUUGGAUGCGAAAAUAUUUAUCGCGAAGAACUAAUAAAAACGAUAGAUCUCGUUUCCAAAUGUCGCGCUCGAGAUUUAUGCGAGAACGAAAUUUGUUUGGUAUUUUACGAAAGAGAAGAUCAUUGUAUUUGUUCUGUAUACUGUCUUACUGAAGAAGGAGAAAAUAAGUACAGUUUGGAGAACGUGGUUCGAGAUUAUCUCAGUUCUGCGUGAGGUACUGUGAGAAUCGACCGACCACGAGAACACCAAUUUCUCGACGCCCGAUAUUACGCGCGCGUACGAGGGCGAUUAUCAACGAAUUUCAAUGCCUUCGGCGUAGCGUUCUAAUAAAAUACUAUAC